AUGAGACUACUAACAGUGCUGAUCUCUUUUGGAUUCAUCGCUUUAGCUGCGUCAAAUUUUGUCACACAGGUUGGCCCACCUGGCCCGCCGGGAGUGCCAGGUGUGCCCGGCCCACCGGGACAAAAAGGUGAGAAGGGCGAGCGUGGCUCAGAUGGACGCGUUGGCUUAGCUGGCCCACAAGGAGGAAGUGGACGACGCGGUCACAUGGGCGCUCCUGGUCCAAUAGGACCUCCAGGUCCGCCGGGUUUGCGUGGACCACGCGGUUACGAUGGUGAGCGGGGACCAGAGGGCCCGACAGGACCAACGGGACCAACCGGUCCAACUGGACCCGCAAGUACUACUACUACAGGCUAA